AUGGCUCGGGUGCCGGGGGCGGCGGCGGCGGCGGCGGCGCAGGCCCGGCGGGAGCGAGCUGGCGGCGGCCGCGGCGCAGGCGGCGGGCGAGCGGACCCCGGCGGCGGCGGCUCCUGCGGGCGGAGACGGGGCGGGCCGGGCCCUCGGCCCUACGGGGCCUCCUCGCGCCGCCCCGGACACAGCCCGGCUGCCACGGCCGGCCCCAUCACGCGCGGCAACCUCGCGCCGGCCCGGCCGUCUGUCGCGCGCGCACAGGCGGCUGCCCAGCCCACCGUCCCGCACAGGCCCGGCCGCGGCGACCCCUUCGAAGCCCGCUCGCGGGGCACCGCCCGCGCGGCCACCGGGAGGAGAAGUGCAGGCCCGGGGCGCCCGCCGGGGCCCGCCGGCCAAACCCGGUACCUGGGAGGGGUGCCCGGCGGAGGGAACCAGGCCAGGCCGGGCCGCCUCACACCGGCGGCGGCGGCGGCGGCGGAGGAGGAGGCGGGUCCUCCGCGCGCCCUCUCCGGGGCGGGGCGGAGGCGGGACCACCCGGUGAUUGGGCGGCAGGCUCUGACGGACAGCCUGCCUGUCCCGCCUCUCCCCCCUCCCUUCCCCCGGCAGCCGGGGGCGGCCCCGCCGGCAGCGCCUGCGACCGUCGGACCCAAGAUCUUCCCGGGCCCUGCGGCCGAAGUGGCCUCGCGGAAGGAAAAACUGAGGCCCGGAGACAUUAAGCUAAGAGGCGGCAGAAAUGGGAUUCAGGCCCAUCCAGAGUCCACAUCACGUUGCCUUCCACCUAGGCCUGCUGCGACUGCCCAGGAAGUCCUUCACAGCUGUUCUUGACCAGCAUCUAGUUGCUCUGCACCUGCCCUCAGAAGAACGGUCCUUGCCAGAAAAGGUGUCUGAACCAAAACACUGCCGAUGUCACAACUGCUUCAAGUUUAAUGAAAAUUGAUUCCCAUGACAAUAGAUAGUGACAACUCUAACAGGUGCGUUGGGUUUUUGUUCUACUUAAUUUUAAAUUCCUGAAAUGGGGAACAGGGGAGUUUAGGAAUUCAUUUCUAUUAAAAUAUAGAAGUUAUUGCAAAACCCUAACUGUAAAAACGCACCAAUAUAAUCGGACUUCGUAUACAGUAGCUAAGAGAAUCCAAAUGUUUCAGUGAAACAGUGAAUUUGCCUGGCAGAACUCUUGACAAAUUCCCAUCCACUUGACCC